AUGGCUGCCCAGGCUGAUGAGCUCGACUCGGGCGCUGCAGUCUGGGAUUCGCUGAGGUCUCAUUCACCGCCUGGCUCGCCGAGCGAGUCGCAUUCGCGUGCACUGCCGGAGCUACCGAAGCAUGCCACGAGUGACCAGUCGGAAGAUGCGGAGCGCUCCGGCGAGCUCGCAAGUCAGACAGCCAACUUCGAUCCCCUUGCGUCUCUGACGACAGCACAAGACGAAAGCUCGCAAGCUCAACCGCCUCUCAUUGGUUUGCCCAUGCCCACUUCACCCCCUCUACCCGCGCCACCCGUUGGAGAAGCACCGCAGAGAGAGCCAAAGCAAGGCUUGACUCAAUCGCCCUCGUUGACGUUCUCCUCGAUUGCCUCUGCCUUUAAAGCAAGGCUGUCCCCAAGCCUGAACAGUGAUGUCGCGUCUGGCUUUCUGACUCCGUCAGCCUCUUCGCCACGAGCGACUGCACCUUCCUCGCGUGCAGGCACUCCGGAGAGCAGCCUCUUUGCCGCCGUCGCCGGUCGGCGACCUCAGCAGCGGUCACUCUCUGGCACGCCUCAGCAAGCGAGUCAGCCUAUGCUCCUGCGCACAAGUCAGCAGAAUGCCCUUCCGGCCGUGCAAAGCGAGGAAGAUGCGCCGCCUGCUGCGCCUGAUCCUGCUCGCGAGAAGCAAGUCACACAGGAGGACGAAGAUGUGCCGUUUGAUUUCAAUCGCUUUCUCGAGCAGAUGCGCUCUCGACAGGCCGACGUCAUUGCUCGAUACCUACGGAGCUUUCUCAAAGAGUUUGCAAAACGGCCUUGGUCUGUCAAUGAUCAGAUUCGAGUCAUCAAUGAUUUUCUCGACUUCAUAACGCUCAAGAUGCGUUCUUGCGAGGUCUGGAAGGAUGCUUCUGAGCGAGAAUUUGACAACGCCAUCGAAGCGAUGGAGAAGCUCGUCAUGAAUCGCCUGUAUCAUCUGACUUUCACUCCUGCCAUUGCACAGUCUGCUUCGCCCACGUUCUCGACAGACGAUCUAGAGCGCGAUCAGAUCCUGACCCAGCGGAUACAGCUCUUCCGAUGGGUCAGCGAGGAGCACCUCGACCUACCACAAGCCGAACAAACAUCUGCUUUUGUUGAGUUUGCACGGACAGAAUUGCUCAAGAUCAACCAGUACAAGGCACCUCGAGACAAGCUCAUUUGCAUACUCAACUGCUGCAAAGUGAUAUUCGGCCUCAUCAGACAGCUUGCUGCAGAUCAAGGUGCAGACACUUUCAUGCCACUCCUCAUUUAUGUCGUCCUGCAAGCAAAUCCACCGCAUCUUGUAUCGAAUCUGCAGUACAUACAGCGCUUCAGAAACCCUGAAAGAUUGCAGGGCGAAAGUGGCUACUACCUUUCGAGCCUCAAUGGAGCGAUUGGUUUCAUCGAGUCAAUGGACCAUUCGUCACUCUCGAACAUCACACAGCACGAGUUUGAAGCAAACGUAGAAGAUGCAAUUGCGCAUCUACCCAGCGAGUCUAGCCCGGUGCUCGAGCCUUUCAAGCGGUUCACUCGCGCAGAGCAAGAACAGCCCUCAGCAGCAGAGCCGGAUGACAUCGCAGCUACCGAAGCGGAUACUGCUUCAGCGCUUGAGCAGCCUGGCGCCACUCUGCCCUCGAUCACACGGGGAUUCUUGCAAAAGUCUGGCGACAAUCUGACAAAGACGGUCAGCAAGCCGCUGAAUGCAAUCGGCAAAAUCUUUGACGAGCUUGCUAUCAGCAGCAAAGAGAGCGAUUUGCGGCCGCCGUCGGAAUCAGGCACACCCUUACCCAGUCCCGCUAGGCGGCGAGGCUAUUCACCCUGGCAGGCAGGCGCGCCGACAGAUCGUCCAGCUUCUGCUGGCUCAAGCUUGCUGCCCCAGACUCAGCCGGGCGACUAUCGACCGGACAAUCAGUCUGCCGCAACGGUCCAGGCAGAGAUUGAUCGAGCUCACGAAGCGGCUCACAGCGCAGCACUCGGAACACUGCAGCAGAUCUUUCCCACCAUGACGAGCGAUGUUCUCGAGAUCGUUCUCGUCUCGCAGAAGGGAGAUCUAGAGCGUUCUAUCGAUCGUCUCUUAGAGAUGUAG